CGCUUGCGUGAUUUCACGUGACCGCCGGCAGACCCGCUGUUUUCUCCGGGGACCGCGAUAUCAAACCACGAUGCCACGAUGACGGGACUUGUCUUUAUGCAAGCAUCGAGAGCGGCCAUCUGCACGACAUCCGGGCCCGAGAUCACCAUCCCCAUCUCUGAAAAUGGCCCCUCUAGCUGUCCUCCGCGCCUCAGCCGCCGCCGCGCCACGCAUCUCCGCUGUGGCCCUCCGGGCCACUGUCCGGGGCUAUGCCACCUCGACUCCGGCCAAGGCUCACCACCGGGUCGUCAUUGUCGGCGGCGGCAGUGCCGGCGUGACGGCGGCCGCACAGCUGCGUAGGCUGCCGCAGCUUGCCGGGCUUGACGUGGCCAUCAUCGACCCGGCCACGACACACCACUACCAGCCCGGCUGGACCCUUGUCGGGGCCGGGCUCAAGCCCCUCGACGACAUGAGCCGGCCCUUCGAUGCCGUUGUGCCCGCCGGCGUCAGGCACUACCCGCUCCGGGCGUCCGCCUUCGACCCCUCCAACAACGUCGUCAAGACCUCCGAGGGCGUCGACGUGUCGUACGACUACCUCAUCGUCACGCCGGGCCUCGAGACCAACUUUGCCGGCGUGUCGGGCCUGACCGAGGCCCUCGCCGACCCGGCCAGCCAGGUGUCGUCCAUCUACUCGCAAAACACGGUCGAGCAGGUCUGGCGCAACAUCCAGGCCUUCAAGAAGGGCAACGCCAUCUUCACCCAGCCCGCCGGCAUCAUCAAGUGCGCCGGCGCCCCGCAGAAGAUCCUGUGGAUGGCCCUCUCCCAGUGGCAGCGCGACGGCGUCCGCGAGCACAUCAAGCCCACCUUUGCCACGGGGGCCCCCGCCAUGUUCGCCGUGCCCAAGUACUCGCAGGCGCUCGAGGAGCUGCGCCGGGACCGUGGCGUCGAGGGCCUGUUCCAGCACAACCUCGUCUCCGUCGACGCCAAGGCCAAGGUCGCCACCUUCAAGGACCUGGCCAACGGCGGCAAGGAGGUCCAGCGCGAGUACGGCUUCCUGCAUGUCGUCCCGCCGCAGAAGGCCUUCAGCUGGGUUGCCAAGUCCCCCCUCGCCGACGCAGCCGGCUGGGUCGACGUCGACAAGUCGACCACCCAGCACACAAAGUACCCCAACGUCUUCUCCAUCGGCGACGCGUCCAGCCUGCCCAACAGCAAGACGGCCGCCGCCAUCACCGCGCAGCUGCCCGUCAUGGUGGACAACCUCGUCGCCACCAUGAACGGCGCCAAGCCCGAGGAGCUCAAGGCCGCGUACGACGGGUACGCCAGCUGCCCCUUGCUCACGGGCCACAACGAGCUCAUGCUCUGCGAGUUCAAGUACGGUGGCGUGCCCAAGGAGACGUUCGAGGGCAUCGUCGGCGGCCAGGAGGUGCCCAACCGGGCCUUCUACCACCUCAAGAAGGAUUUCUUUGUGAGUGUCCAUUAUUAGGCUUAGUCUCGCCUUGUCUCCUUCCGCUAUUAACCCUGACACCCCCCCCCUCCUUUUGCGCACUUGCUGACAUUUCAAUUUCGCAAUCCAGCCUUGGGUCUACUGGAACCACUA